AUGGCAAAAGGGUGGCCUCGUGAGACUUUUGAGAGUGCCUCCCCUUUGUUGCAGAACGCACAAAUGAAACGUAUUUCCCGGAUAGUGUCAGUUGCACUUGUGAUAAUGAAAGAAGAAUCAAGCCCAUUUUUUCCUUUAAAACUUUUGAAACAAGCAGUGGAUUUUGGAGAUUUCCCAAACCAGCUCCAGAAAGAAAUGGUCAAAACUAUUUUGCCAGAAGCUGAGAAAGGGGUUGCAUACAUGCAGCUCUGGCACUGGGCGUUGCUGUCUCAUUUGAACACAGUAAACCCACAUAUUGAUGAGUGUGAAAAUGACUUCUACAAUGGGGGUUGUGUCCACGAGUGCAUCAACAUUCCAGGCAACUACAGGUGUACCUGCUAUGAUGGGUUCAUGUUAGCCCACGAUGGCCACAACUGUCUUGAUGUUGAUGAGUGUCAGGAUAACAAUGGAGGGUGCCAGCAGAUUUGUGUAAAUACUAUGGGCAGCUAUGAAUGCCAGUGCAAAGAGGGCUUUUUUCUGAGUGAUAACCAGCACACCUGCAUUCAUCGCUCCAUUGAGGGUAUGAACUGUAUGAACAAAGAUCAUGGGUGUGCCCACAUCUGCCGGGAGACACCCAAAGGUGGGGUUGCCUGCGAAUGUAGGCCUGGCUUUGAACUUGCCAAAAACCAGAAGGACUGCAAAUUAACCUGUAACUAUGGGAAUGGAGGCUGCCAACACACCUGUGAUGACACAGAUACUGGUCCUGUGUGUGGUUGUCAUCAGAAGUAUGCCCUACAUUCAGAUGGCCGAACCUGCAUUGAGAAGGAUGAGGCUGCAAUUGAGAGUUCUGAGUACAAUGCCACGUCAGUAGCUGAUGUGGACAAGCGGGUGAAACGGCGGCUACUUAUGG